AUGGUUAUCGAUAUACGUAAAAUAAGUAAUGGAGCUGGUCUAGCACGAUCUGCUUAUCAACAUGAACGUUUUUAUGUUCGUACAUUUCAUCUUUUUAUAGCAUAUCCAAUUUAUUCAUGCUUUUUACUUCUUAUUAUCUAUUUACAAAUAAUGGAUAUAAUACUUUAUUUUAAAAUACGUUCAAGAGGAUCAUUAGAUUUAAAUGUUAUUACAAUAACAAAUCAUACAAAUUUAAAUAAAUUUCAUCAAAAAAUGACUGAAACAUCUAAUGAUAAUCAUAUAUUUAAUUCAUUAUCAAUCAAAAAAAUGAUGGUUGGACAAAUUGCACAGUAUGUUAGAUCACCAUUAGCUGAAUAUGUUGAAUCAAAUCUUCAUUUUACAUAUUAUUUUCCAUCAAUAUCAGUUAAUAUUAUAUCAAUAUUUCAUUGUUUUUUAUCAUUAAUUUCAAUAAAAUUUUUUUCAAGUGAAUUAUUAUUUCAACGUCGAAUAGGCAUUUUAAUUUUUGAAUUUCGUAAUUUUCUUGAUUGUCUUGAUGGUGUUGUAUUUCGUGCACAUAUAAAAAAUUCACAUUAUAAGUCGUAUCAUGAUAAUUUUGGUUUUUAUAUUGAUAGUCUAAGUGAUGUAUUUGGUGGAAUAUGUCUUAUUAUUGGAUGUUUACUUUAUUUUUAUAAACAACGACCAUUUCGAUCAAUAAUACAUCAAGUUAAUCAAUCAUUAUCAACACGUUUAACAGCGAUAUUUUGGGAUAGAGAUGUACAAGCAUAUGAAGAUUUAUUAGAUUCAUAUAAAGAUAAAAUACACCAACAAACUUUACAAUUAACAAUUCUUCAUUCACCAUUAGCGAUAUUAAUAUUUUAUUUAUGGAGAUAUUUAUCAGCAAUAAGUAUUCAAGAUUAUCUUAUAAUUGCUAUUUUCUUUGAUCGAGCAUAG